GGAAGUGACGUCACGAGCGGAAGCUGCGCUGUCGCCAUCAUGGCGGGCGGGGGAUCCUGCCGCGUCCCGGAGCGGUGGACGGACUACAUCCCGCUGGGCCACAGAAUGCCGGGCACGCGCUUCAUCGCCUUCAAGGUGCCCCUGAAGGAGAGUUUUGAUCAGAACCUUCUGCCAGAAGACAGAUUUUCCCCUCAUGACCUCAUCAGGGAGGUGGAGGAGAGGAAGGAGGAGCUGGGGCUGAUCAUCGACCUGACGUGCACCACGCGCUACUACGGGCGUGAGGAGCUGCCACCCACGCUGCGCUAUGUGAAGAUCCUGACCAUGGGGCACAAGAUCCCAAACAGAAAAACCAUUUCAAGGUUCAAACACUUUGUAAAAAGGUUUCUGACAGCCAACAAAGACAAUGAUAAACUCAUUGGGGUGCACUGCACACAUGGCUUGAACAGGACUGGCUACCUGGUGUGCAGGUACCUGAUUGAUGUUGAAGGCAUGGAGCCAAAUGCUGCCAUAGAGUUGUUCAACAAGUGUCGAGGGCAUCCCAUAGAGAGAAUGAACUACAUCCAGGAUCUGCAGAAGAGAGCCCUGAAAAACAGCUGUAAAGAGAAGAAUUCGGGCUCAGAUGUCCUCAGGAACAAAGGCAGCACCCCAGCCAAGCCCCAAAAGCAGCUGGUGAAGCACCCUCAGCACUGCCCAAGCCAGCCCUCCCUAGCAGAGCCCAGGAACCCUGGCAGCAGCAAGAAGAAGCAGUGGCCUGGCCCCACGGCUCAGGAACAGCCCCAGGAGCUGGGACAUGGGCACAGGGCCCUGGAGCAGAGGCAGCUUAAAAAACUGGAUCAUCUGGAGCAGAAUCAUCUGCAGCAGAGGCAGCAGAAGAAACAGGGGCAGCAGAAGUGGAAUCAUCUGGAGCAGAAGAAGCAGAUGAAACAGAAUUACUUGGAGCAGAAUCAUCCAGAGCAGAGGCAGCAGAAGUGGAAUCACUUAGAGCAGAAUCAGCUGGAGCAGAAGAAGCAGAUGAAGCAGAAUCACCAGAAACAGAAUCACCUGGAGCAGAGGAAGCAGACUCACCUGGAGCAGAGGAAGCAGAAGAAGUGGAAUCAUCUGGAGCAGAAUCACCUGGAACAGAAUCAUCUGGAGCAGAGGAAGCAGAAGAAAUCUAAUCAUCUGGAGCAGAAUCACCUGGAGCAGAGGAAGCAGAAUCACCUGGAACAAAAUCACCUGGAGCAGAGGAAGCAGAAUCACCUGGAGCAGAGGAAGCAGAAUCACCUGGAACAGAAUCAUCUGGAGCAGAGGAAGCAGAAGAGGUGGAAUCAUCUGGAGCAGAAUCACCUGGAGCAAAGGAAGCAGAAGAAGGGGAAUCAUCUGGAACAGAAUCACCUGGAGCAAAGGAAGCAGAAGAAGUGGAACCCUCUGGAGCAGAAUCACCUGGAAGAGAAUAAUCUGGAGCAGAGGAAGCAGAGGAAGCAGAAUCACCUGGAACAGAGGCAGCAGAAGCGGAAUCACAUUGAACAGAAUCACCUGGAGCAGAGGCAGCCCUGCAGUUUGGCCCCCAGGAACUCUUGGUCUUCACCACCCUCCAAGAAGAAGCACAAGGAGCUGCUCCCCCCUCAGAGCCCCCAGCCCAGCCUGCCUCAGGAGCCCUCACCUGCCAGGAAACGCCAGCGCAGUAAACACAGACUGGGGGAGCAGGAGAUGUCCUGACAGACUGGGAAUGUGUUCCAUGAGACAAAAACCCUCCUGGGCCUGGAGGGAGCAGCUGUGCCUCAACCAGGAGCUGCCAGGCCAGAUGUGGGGCAGCUGGACAGGGCUGGUUUUCAUUCUGUUUUCUGCUCUCCCCAGCUUUUACAUGCUUUUACAAGGAAUUUUUUAAUCCAAUGCUGAUCCAUGAGGGAUGUGGGGAAUAAAAAUAAACACAGACUCAGACAGAGCUGGAAUAAUCCUAAAGAAACAUCCUCAGGCAUCCCUAGAUCUUUCAACAAAAUGGCCUUUUGUUGAUUUUUCUCAACACAUAAUAAGAAACAGGACUGAAUGUGUAAGCACGAGUUUGUUUUUCCUCCUUUUUAUCCACUUUUGCUAAAGUAAAUUUCCACGUUGUGCGAACUGCA